AAACAAAAUUAGCAAGAUUUAGAUGAUUUAACCCUGUCUAACAUCAUAUAACAUGUUUGGCCCCCUCUAUAUUGUGUUUCUGGCUCCGCCACUGCAGGGAAACCGUUGGGAUGUCCACGUGGCCGAAGAGAGAGUGUGCAUAAUCACCAUCAUAGUCGUGCAGGUGCAGAAUCGUUCCGAAAGACAACCAAAUCUUUCUAGAUAAAACGCCAAACUAUAUCAUAUAGAGCACGAGCAUAUUUCCUUGGACCGGCAACAAAAAGGAAACCACUGUCGAGUCGCGAGUCGCGACUCAGCUACGGGGAGGAGACUUGGCACAGCCGCGGCAAGCUGGCCCGUCGCAACUGCCACAGCACAGGCGUCCCAUCAACUGUCACGGUGCCGUACGUCCCGCACCGCCCACCCAACCGGCCAACCCCCUCACCCGAACCCCGCCCAGCCAUGCUCAGCGCGCGGCUUAUAACCAGGAGGCAGGCAACCAACCGCGCAGAAACCGGCCCAGCUCGUGCCAACCAGAGAAGAAUUCGAGAAACUGGCCAUGUCUCCCCUCCACCGCCACCGCCUCGGCCGUGUCAUCGUCGUCCUGCUCGUCGUCCUCCUCGCCGCCGCUUCCCAUGGCGGUCCAGCCGACCGCCCGACGUGCCAGCUCGAGCCUCUCACCUGCGGCGAUCUCACUGUCCGCUACCCGUUCCGUCUCUACAACGGGACGGAGGACGCAGUGCCGGCGUACGGCGGGCCGCAGUCGUCGUCGUACUGCGGCUACCCCGGCCUGGGCAUCGUCUGUGACGACGACAAGCCCACCCUCCUCCUCGGGGGCCACGACUACACGGUGUCGGGCAUCAACUACACCAGCCUCACCGUCUCCCUCGCCGACGCCGACGCCCUCGACGAUGGCACCAGCUGUCCCAUGGUCGAUCACAACGUGACCGUCCCGAAGCAGUUCCAUCUGCCCACCUCCACCGUCGCCUACCUCUUCUUCUUCCUCAACUGCACCUUCCCGCCGGAAGCCGAUUUCCCUCCCAAUCCCAAGCCAUUGCGCAAGCCGCCGAGCAUCAAGCCGGUCACCUGCGGGAGCUCCGGAGAAGAGCCUGCCACCAUGUCCUUCGUGCUGCCGGAGCGCGAGAUCCCUCCCAAGGACUGGUGGCAGGCGUGCCGGUCAGUCUACGCAGCGCCCGUGCUCAAGGACGCCCUCCCGGCCGACGCAAAGGACCCCGGGUGGAGGGAGGACGGGUACGCGAAGGCUCUCCGCGGCGGGUUCCAGGUGGGCUGGGACCGGAGCUCCGGCCCGUGCGACCCGUGCGAGCAAUCCGGCGGCAAGUGCGGGUACAACCGCACCGCGGGCUUCCUGGGCUGCUUCUGCGCCAACGGCGCCCUGGUAGUUGGCAGCGCCGCCGGCUGCAGCAAGAUAUCUGACACCACCGCGCCAUUGCCCGGUUCGAACAAGAAAAAGAAUGUCACUAUAGCAGUGGUUAAUAUGAUCUUCAUAAAAAAAAUCAGGUGUGGUGGUCGGUGUCGGAGGUGCAUUGCUUGUUGCUGCUGUCAUGGUCUUUCUGUUCAUUCGCAAGAGAAGGCAGAGGAAGGUGGUGAACUCGUCUUCGAAGCUCCUCAAGUACAGGUACAGCGGCUCGGGCGGGACCCCGACGCGCUCCAGGGGCGGCGACAUGGAGUCCGGCAGCUCCCAGGACAUGGGCAACCGGUUCAGCUACGAGGAGCUCGAGGAGGCCACCGAUUCCUUCAACGAGAACAGAGAGCUCGGCGACGGCGGCUUCGGCACCGUCUACAAAGGUUACCUUGGGGACGGGCGGGUGGUGGCGGUGAAGCGGCUGUACAACAACAGCUACCGGCGCGUGGAGCAGUUCGUGAACGAGGCGGCGAUCCUGGCCCGGCUGCGGCACCCGAACCUGGUCAUGUUCUACGGGUGCACCUCCAAGGAGAGCCGCGAGCUGCUCCUGGUCUACGAGUUCGUCCAGAACGGCACGGUGGCCGACCACCUGCACGGGCCCCGCGCGGCGGAGCGCGCCCUGCCGUGGCCGCUCCGGCUCAGCAUCGCCGUGGAGUCCGCGGCGGCGCUGACCUACCUCCACGCCAUCGAGCCGCCCAUCGUGCACCGCGACGUCAAGACCAACAACAUCCUCCUCGACACCGACUUCCACGUCAAGGUCGCCGACUUCGGCCUCUCCCGCCUCUUCCCGCUCGACGCCACCCACGUCUCCACCGCCCCCCAGGGCACCCCAGGGUACGUGGACCCGGAGUACCACCAGUGCUACCAGCUGACGGACAAGAGCGACGUGUACAGCUUCGGCGUGGUGCUGGUGGAGCUCAUCUCGUCCAAGCCCGCCGUGGACAUCACCCGGCAGAGGAACGAGAUCAACCUGGCCGGCAUGGCCAUCAGCAAGAUCCAGAAGUGCCGGCUGGAGGAGCUGGUGGACGUGGAGCUCGGCUACGAGUCGGACCCGGCGGCGAGGAAGAUGAUGACCAUGGUGGCGGAGCUGGCGUUCCGGUGCCUGCAGCAGAACGGCGAGAUGCGCCCGCCGAUCAGGGAGGUGCUGGACGUGCUCAGGGCCAUCCAGGAUGACUGCCUGGGUCACAAAGACGGUGGAGGCAAAGGCAAGAAGGACUUCGCCGAGCCCUUCUCUCCCAACACGGUGCACGCUCCCUGGGACAGCAGGAACACCACCCCUAACACCAGCCAGUAGUAGAUUAGUAGAUCAGUGUUUGCGGCCGGCCGAGUUUUUAUUUUAUCACUAUUGAGAGAUUUGCUUGCCGUGUAUGAGCGAUCCGACGAUUCCUUUUUUUCCCCCUUCCAGCUGAUGUAAAUAUGUGCUUGUUUUUUUAAACUGCCACGGUAGAGACAGUACUGUACAUACUACGUACGUACGCUGGAGUGGUGUGCUGAACUGGUUAUAUGAUGCAUAUGAUUACAUAGGUUUUUACCAUUUGGGAUUCA